CGCCCAGACUCUCCUCUGCGGGGAGCAGCUUCCUUCCAGGAUCGCGGGCCCGGGCUGCGUCCCCGUCAGGCCGCGUGCGCGAUGGCGGGCACCGCGCUGAGGGUCGCGGGGCGGCAGCUUAGCCAGCACAGCGGGGCUGGAGCCCGCGUCCUCCUGCGGCAGAUGUUUGAGCCCAAGAGCUGCACCUACACGUACCUCCUGGGGGACAGAGAGUCCCGAGAGGCCAUUCUGAUCGACCCGGUUCUGGAGACCGCGCCUCGGGACGCCCAGUUGGUCAAGGAGCUGGGGCUGCGGCUGCUGUACGCUGUGAACACCCACUGCCACGCCGACCACAUUACAGGCUCGGGGCUGCUCCGGUCCCUACUCCCUGGCUGCCAGUCUGUCAUCUCCCGCCUCAGUGGGGCCCAGGCGGACAUACACAUAGAGGAUGGGCAGUCCAUCCACUUCGGGCGCUUCGCCUUGGAGACCCGGGCCAGCCCUGGCCACACCCCGGGCUGUGUCACCUUCGUCCUGAGCGAUCACAGCAUGGCCUUCACUGGAGACGCCCUGCUUAUCCGAGGGUGUGGAAGAACGGACUUCCAGCAAGGCUGUGCUAAGACCUUAUACCACUCGGUCCACGAAAAGAUCUUCACACUUCCAGGAGACUGUCUGAUCUACCCUGCUCAUGAUUACCAUGGGCUGACGGUGUCCACUGUGGAGGAGGAGCGGACUUUGAACCCUCGGCUCACCCUCAGCUGUGAGGAGUUCAUCAAGGUCAUGGACAACCUGAACUUGCCCAAGCCUAAGCAGAUAGACUUUGCUGUUCCAGCUAACCUGUGCUGUGGGAUCCAGACCCCCCCUUCCUGACGUCAUCUCCGUCAGAUGCUCGUGUCCAUUAAAAAUGCAGUAGGGGUGGGGAGGGAAGAGGUGCCAUCACUGGAGCCUCUCUCCUCUUCCCCUCCCCUAGCAGUCUUCAAGCCUCUCAAAUAAAAUUUUUUUGUUCUGAA